CAUCACAAGAGAAACUCAUCAGAGCAAAACACACUUCACUAACAUCAUGGCAACCUUUGCUAACCAACCAUUGCUAGACUCUCCCAAGAGAAAACUCUCUCUCUGCAAAUCUCUCUCUUUGGUUCUCUCUCUAGUUGCUAUCAUAACCCCAAUCUCCAUACUCACCAUCAACCUCUUCAAUCAAACCUCUUCUUCUUCUAAUUCUCUCUCUCUCUCAGCCAACCUUUGUGAUCGGGCUCUUGAUGGGGCCUCAUGCUCCGCCAUGGUAUCAGAAGUUGCUCCCCCUGAAAUUUUGAUGCAAAUGAAGGGCCCUGAUUUGUUGCAGGCCUUCUUGAAGAAAUCCGCUUCGGGCAUACGAAAGACUAUCGAGACAGCGAGCGGUAUCAGCCGUCGGAUCAACGACAUGAGAGAGCAAGGGGCUCUAGCAGAUUGCCUGGAGUUGAUGGAGUUGUCAAUGGAUAGAGUGAUGGACUCUGUGAAGGCAAUUGAGAAAAGGACAGCCGAGUCACAUUCGGAUGCCCAUUCAUGGCUCAGUAGUGUUCUCACCAACCAUGUUACUUGCCUAGACGGGUUAACCGGGUCGGCCCGGUCCAUGAUGGAGCCCGAGCUCGAAGAUAUGGUGGCAAGAGCUAGAGCUUCUCUAGCCAUGGUGGUUGCAGUGUCACCACUGGAAGACGAUCAGGCCUCAAAUAAGUUUGAGCCGCUGCGGUUGAUCGGUGAGUUUCCACGGUGGGUGACUGCUAGAGAUCGGAAGCUUUUGGAGGCAAUGGCAGGAACUCCGAAUGCCAACGUGGUGGUGGCGAAAGACGGGAGUGGGAACUAUAAGACUGUGAGUGAAGCUGUGGCCUCGGCACCAAACAAUGGCAACACUCGUUAUGUUAUCUAUGUCAAGAAGGGAACCUAUAAAGAAAACGUUGUGAUUGGGAGUAGUAAGAAGCUUAUUAUGCUUACUGGUGAUGGAAUGGAUUUGACUAUCAUCACUGGUAGCUUGAAUGUGGUUGAUGGAGCUACAACCUUCAAUUCUGCAACUGUUGCUGCUGUUGGUGACGGAUUCAUGGCCCAAGACAUAUGGUUCCAAAACACGGCCGGCCCGGCGAAGCACCAAGCAGUUGCGUUACGUGUUGGAGGCGAUCAAUCAGUCAUAAAUCGUUGUCGCAUUGAUGCCUAUCAGGACACUCUUUACACCUACACUAACAGGCAAUUCUACAGAGAUAGCUAUAUUACUGGCACAGUGGAUUUCAUCUUCGGCAACGCAGCAGUUGUUUUCCAAAAUUGCAAAAUUGUGGGCCGAAAGCCCAUGAGUGGACAGUUCAACACAAUAACGGCCCAAGGUCGAACUGACCCAAACCAAAACACUGGGACUUCAAUCCAAAGCUGCAAUGUGAUAGCCAGCUCGGACCUUGAGCCCGUUAAAGGCACUAUAAAAUCAUAUUUGGGUCGUCCAUGGAAGGCUUACGCGAGGACUGUUUUCAUGGAAUCAUACAUUGGGGACUAUAUUGACCCUACAGGUUGGUCAGUGUGGAGUGGUGAUUUUGCUUUGAGCACGUUGUAUUAUGGUGAGUACAUGAAUAACGGUCCUGGUGCGGGUACCAGUAAGCGUGUCACAUGGGCUGGAUAUCAUGUAAUUACUAGUGCGACUGAAGCAACGAAGUUUACAGUGGCUCAGUUGAUACAAGGAGGAUCAUGGUUAAAGUCCACUGGAGUAACCUAUACUGAAGGCUUGUGAACGUGGUGUUUCUAUUUUCUUUUGUCUACUUGUACUUUGCUCUCUUCACUCUUAUGGUUUUUAAUUGAAGAGACACUCUAGUAUUGCAUGUUACCUUGGCAUAAUUUGUAUGAUCAAUUUACCAGCUUGUUUUUGUGCAAUCCAAUCUUGAAUGGAGUUGCUAUUUUCCAGGGCAAGCUUUACAGCUUGUUGCCAACCCCAAGUAGUAACUGCAUCAAUAUUGUUA